AUGUGGUGGGAAAUUACGCUCUGGUCUUCGUUGCUCGCUGCUUCGACGGCCAUUCCCAGCGCGAGGCAACGUCGCGACUCGAUUUACUCCACUUCCUCUUCCUCGGUCUAUAGAGCGUUCCCUUAUCCCCAACUGGUUCGUUUUGCAAACGACGAAUGCCAGACCGAAUCUGGCUCUGCCGGUACGUGCUACACCUACCAGGAGUGCGAGGAUCUGAAAGGGCAGAUCGAGGGAGAGUGCGCGGAUGGCUACGGAGUCUGCUGUUUCCUGACGUACCAAUGCCGGGAAACUGUCCAUCACAACGUUUCCUACUUCGUGCCCCCAUCGUAUCCGAACAAGGAGGUUCAGGCCAACGUGUGUCCUCUGAAGAUCGCCUACGAAGCGAAUAUUUGUCAGAUACGUUUAGACUUCACCCGAUUUGAUAUUCUCGGUCCGAAGGACGGUGAUUGUCGAGAUGAUCUCUUCGUCGUCAUGGGAGGUAACUCGAACCAUAAAGUUCCGACCAUAUGUGGAGAGAACGACAAUCAACACAUCUACAUCAAUGUUGACACCGUGGAGGGCCCCGUCGAGCUGCAGAUGAUCACUGGGAUCACCCCGUACGCUAGAGAUUGGCUGAUCAAGAUAUCAAUGAUCGCGUGCGACUCCUCAUACAAGGCGCCCGUAGGCUGCGUCCAGUAUCUCACUGGAAUCACUGGACAGCUGCGAAGUUUCAAUUUCUAUCAGAGGGACGAAGAUCGUCAGGGUUAUUUGAAUGGAGCGGAUUACGCCAUCUGUCUCCGUCGGGAGAGGGACAUGUGCACGGUGACGUACUCUGUGAGGAUCGAGAAAGACGGCCCCGAUAUCGAGUCUGGAGCCAACGAUACUUCCCGGGUCUCAUCAUCUGGUACCUCGACCGAAUCAUCUCGUGAUCAUGAACACGCUCUUGGAACAGGAAUUUUCGGAAUAGCGACGUCGACGUCGGAAGGGAAACCGAUCGAGUUGCAAGCAGCUGCAGGACUCUCAAAAUGCACUGGGGAUUAUCUGGCGAUUCCCGGUCUAGAUCGUUUCUGUGGGGGCGCCUUCAAUCUGAAUUCCGGUAGCCGUGAAAGUCAGUCUGUGACCGUGAAAAACUCCGGACCCCUCAUGAUUCUGUUCAAGUCGGAUAAGGCUUUCAAUGGUCGCGGUUUCAAUAUCAACUACCAACAGGGACCCUGUACACCAGUGGUAGCUCAAGCCUUCGUCUAG